CCAUGCCUUACCCGCGCGGCGCAUUAUUCAGCAGCAAGCCCACUAUCUCCGCUCCGCCCGAAUCUAUGAUCCGUUUCAUGAUGAAUAACACCUUUAUCUCCCCGGAAACCCAGGCUUUGAACAUUUAUUGUGAUAUUUAUUUGUGAGCGCUUUAUAUAUCCCUCCUUCGCCACCUGGCAGGAUCACAGAUCUAGCGACACCUGUGCCACGGCCCAAUCAAUCAGUUGUAAGCUUACGUCUAAGCUUCUUACUCGACGUCAUGUCAAACCGAAUGCACGCCAGCGCCAACCGCGACGCAGCCAGUAAAUCUUCGCUUUCUGUCGUUCUGCGCAAGUUCAGUGUUCUUGCGCAGCGGCCCGAACCGAAGAAGUAUCCACCGAUCUCUUCUAUCCCUCGUACAUCAGCUGCACGCUUGGCUCAAGCUGCUGAAGAUCAUAUCAUCGAUCGAGACCAUCCUGCGCCAAAGACGUAUCUUUAUCUCGCUUAUGGAUCCAACCUCGCUGCUGAGACAUUUCUGGGAGUUCGUGGCAUUAGACCGCUGUCCCAGGUGAAUGUCUCAGUGCCAACGUUGGAGCUUAAGUUCAACCUUCCCGGAAUUCCUUAUCGCGAGCCAUGCUUUGCGAACGUCGAUUACCGAAAGCUUCCUGAGAAGCCAAAGCUGCCUCCAAAGGUGCCAGUCCCACCUUUCGAUCCUCCGCAGCCACCACACUCAGAGGAGAUCAGGUGGGAUGAGGGUCUUAUGGGUGUGGUAUACGAAGUAACAGAGGAGGAUUACCGCACCAUCAUCCGCACUGAAGGUGGUGGAGCAGGCUACAAAGAGAUUGUUGUGCCUUGCAUACCAUUGCCUCCCAAGAUGUCCAUUCCUGAGAAGCCAUUUCCUGAUAUCCCUCGACCUUUUCUGUCAAGAACGCUUUUUGCACCACAGAUUCCUGACAAGGAUUUACCCGAUGACCCUCGCAAGCACAAGUGGUGGUAUCGCUUUCUGCUCGGCCCUCAGCGUGAACCUGGCUAUGCACAAGCUAGUGCUCGAUAUCUCAAUCUCAUCAAAGACGGUGCCAAGGAACAUGAACUUCCCGAUGGAUACCAGCGUUACCUGCACUCAUUACAGCCAUACACGAUAACAACAUUGAGACAGAGAAUAGGGGCAUUCUUCUUCCUCUUCUUCACAGUCUUUUUCUUCGGAACGGUCAUUCUUCUGUCUAAGUUUUUGGCCGACAAGCGCGGCAAGGUGCCCCAGUGGUUGGCUGUCACCAUGACUGUCAUGUUCACUGUGGCCUGGAUGGUCUAUGAUAAUGUUUUCAAGCCUAUUUUUGGAAAUGGUGAAAGGACUGAAGAGAAGGACGAGAGGAAAACACACGGGCGGAAACGCUCUUUGUCGGCGAUGCUUAAUCACUUCCCAUCGACGGAUGAGGAGAAGGUGGAAUUAUUGGGCGAGUAUAAUUGAGAAGACGGAUUAAACUUAGCUGUUGGGUUUAACUGUUCUUAAUCGCUGAGUUAUGGGACAUGUCUGUUUUUCAUACUGACACUUAUCGGGGCUCUGAUCAGCAUGCACAUUGGCAACAGUUCAGAUUGGAUAGCGAUAUAAUUUCAAGUCAAAUAUUUCUGAUAACCAAAUGCAGGCAUUCGUAUCUCUGUUAAAUACACUGACCUCUACACGGAUAAAAGGGAUGGGAGUGAGAUGACUCCGUUGGGGUAAACUUGGCAACGUCAACAUGCAGUUGAGCUCUAGCGCCUCUGAACCCGUUACAAUGCAACGAUACAUCCUCGGCAGCAAAUGAUAUCGUGAUAUGACGCGACUCUUGGUAGCGAUAACCUCAAAAUUUACAUCAUUUGAUCUAAGCUCAUGAUCUUUCCUUUACCUCUGUAGUUCUUUAACAUGUGCUCGUCACGCGACAAGGGGAUCGGCCCGCGGAUUACGGAACGGGGCUCGGUGCUGUAACUGUUCCUGGAUUAUGCAUCUUUGCCCCCUUGUCUCCCGGAGAAUCCUAGACUUUGCAG